UCCUCGGCCGCGGCCUCAGGCCCCCGGCGACGCCCCCGCGGGAGCCCGGCUUCCUCACGGGCUGCGGGCCCGCUCUCCCCGCCCCGGUGUCUCCCGUCCCGAGGCUGCGGAGCCGCCGCCCUGCACCCCGCUCCCCCGCGGAGGCUCCCCACGGCUGGGCGCCCCCGAGGGACCUCACAGGACCCUCGGGUCCCAGCCGCUCCGUCCCGUGGUCACACCCUGACAGUGGGUCCCGUUUCUGCCUGUUCGCAGCCUCAGGGACAGUGACGUCCCCGCGGUGACGGCACGGGUCACGCGGUGCUCGCUCACACGUGCGCCUCCUCGGAGAGGUGCCCUGCUUUCCGGACGAGCCGAGGCGCGGGAAGGGACCUGGCCGGGCCCCGCCCUGGGACGGACGGACCCUGCGUUCGCUGCUCUGUCCUCCGCGUCCUUUGUCGUAGGGCUUUUAGGAAGAGCUGGUACGAGGCGAGUUGUUUUCCUCGUAGUGCUUCCUCGUCGGUGGCACUUCUCUUCCACGAACACUGCCUGGUACCCGCGCGGAGCCUCCCGGGAGGCCCCGCACCGAGCGCGGUGGCGGCCGCGUCGCUCCCUGCGCUGUUGCUACAGCCCGUGCCUGCAGAGCACGCGCCCCCGCUUGGCCCCUGCGCUUCCCUGCUGGGGCAGGUCCGUCUUGAAACAGGUGCCUCGAAGAGUAAAAAACAGAAGGCCGUCUUCUCACCCAAGAUCAUUUCAGCUCAUAUUAAGGAAAAACAUAUGUUCUUACUUCAGAGAGGGAGGAGUACAUUUUAAAAAUUGCUUUCCCAUGGUGUUUUGGGGAUUUUUUUUCUUAUUUUUCUCACAUUCGGAUGUGACUUCCUAAACCAGUUUUCUAGGAAUGUGCCAAUAAUUGGUAACAUUAUUUUUAGGCAUCUAGAGCAGUAAGGGCUUUCCAAAUUCCAUGGGAAUGUAUAUCAAAAAAGUGUUCACUCUCAGUUCUGUGAUUAAUUUCCUUAUUCAGUCUGCCGACUACGGAGAAGCAGUAAAGCAUGGACUUCAUUUCCUGACGUACGGGGACUUUUCUCUCUCGUACACAGAUUGAAGUAGGUGUUCUAGAUAACAGUGGCUGUAAUAUUAGGUCUCAAAAACAUGCAGAUGGCGGGUCAAAUCCAGUUCAUCGGGAAGAAGCCUACCCUUGUUUCCAGAGUGCUGCUGAGGUGCCGCGGAGAAACCCCUGAAGUGACCUCUGAGCAAAGCAGACGGUCAGGGCCCAGGAGCCGGGGAGUGCAAAGAGAACACCAGAGUUGCUGACCAAAAUGUGCCUUAUGAAAAUGUGCUAGUUACGCUCAUAAGUAGUAAUGCGCUUUUCUUUCUUCAGUUUUCUUUCCAGCAGGGUGGAUGGGGAGCAUCACUGGCUGACAAGUUGGUCAGAUGAGAACCCCAAGCAACACAUCCCCCUGGAUGAGUACGUCUCGAAUUUAAAGAGCAUGGUGCAGUACCUGAAGUCUGUGGAUGUCCCUGAGAACAGGGUCAUUCUCAUCACUCCGCCCCCUCUCUGUGAGACCGCGUGGGAGAAGGAGUGCCUCAUCCAGGGUAAACACCGCCAGCAUAGUCUUACCAGACCUUCUGUCACAACCCAUUCAUGGAUCAUAAAACCAAGUUGCAAAUUAAAUCGCCUGAACUUGGUUGUUGGUGAAUAUGCCAGUGCCUGUUUACGAGUAGCCCAAGACUGUGGGACUGAUGUGCUUGACUUGUGGACCCUGAUGCAGAAGGACAGUCAGGACUUUCCGUCCUAUUUGUCAGAUGGACUACAUUUAUCACCAAAGGGAAAUGAGUUUUUGUUUUCCCAUCUUUGGCCUUUGAUUGAGAAGAAAGUCUCUUCCUUGCCUUUGCUGCUCCCAUACUGGAGAGAUGUAGCAGAAGCAAAACCAGAACUAAGUCUUCUUGGUGAUGGAGAUCAUUAGUCAGUCACAGAAAACCAAGUCUGGCUGUUAAUUUACAGAACGAGAAAUCACCGAUGUGCAACGAUCCCAAGAUAAGCAAUCAAAGAAUAUUUUUUGUUUCGAGAUUAAACCUUUCCUCAUGACCCUGGAACAAGAAAACGCUAACAUCUGCCACCAAGAUUAAUAAAAGCAUUAGAAUUUUUCAGGGAAGCUUUGUACCUAGGUACAUUGUAUUUUGAUAAUAUUUAUUGAUUGAUCCAGG